GCAGGGUCCCAGUGGCGCUUACCACGGCUCUCAGGUGGUAGUCCCCUCAUGUAUCGGUCGAUGACCAGAACCGCUAGUAUCUCUUUCGGACUCUGGGACUCUGUUUGCAACCACUUUUGCGCGAGAUGGAUGAGGUCAUACAAUUGGGACCACGGGGUUUUGUCUUCCUCGUACCUCCAACCGUGAUACUGCUGGGCGCGCACUGCUGUCGUUACUCCAGAUCUGGCCAGGAUCUCUGCUUUCAGCUGGGGGUAGUCUGCCGCAGCCUCUUCAGACAGAUCAUGGUAGGCCUUCUGGGCCUCCCCACACAGGAAUGGGGCAAGGAUACCAGACCACUGAUCUCAAGGCCAGGCCUCCCGUAGGGCUGUCCUCUCAAAGGCCAGAAGGAAGACAUCCCAAAGACUCCAGUGAAAUAUGUCAAGGGAGAGAAAAAAAAGCCCAUCUCCCAUGGUGAAUAACAAAGCACAGAAAGCAGAACACACCUUGUGCAGUCAAUAUGAGGAGAAAAUCCGUCCCUGUAUUGAUCUCAUUGACUCCCUGAGAGCCCUCGGAGUAGAAAAGGACCUGGCUUUGCCAGCAAUUGCAGUGAUUGGAGACCAGAGUUCUGGAAAAAGCUCGGUUCUAGAAGCCCUGUCCGGAGUCGCUCUUCCUAGAGGCAGUGGUAUUGUUACCAGAUGUCCUUUAGAGCUCAAACUGAAGAAAGUGCAUUGCACGCAGGAAUGGAAAGGAAAAAUUACUUACUUGGAGAUAAACCAAGAAUUGAAUGGUCCCUCUGAAGUGGAAAAAGAAAUAAGGAAAGCCCAGGAUGCAAUGGCUGGUGAAGGAGUGGGCAUUAGCCAAGAAUUAAUUUCCCUAGAAAUUAGCUCCCCAAAUGUUCCAGAUCUGACACUGAUUGAUCUGCCAGGGAUUGCUAGGGUGGCUGUGGGGAAUCAGCCAAAAGACAUUGGAAAUCAGAUCAUAAAUCUAAUUAAAAAGUAUAUUUGUAAGCAACAAACUAUAAAUCUGGUAGUGGUACCAAGUAAUGUGGAUAUUGCAACUACAGAGGCCCUAAGGAUGGCUAAAGAGGUGGACCCUAAGGGGGAGAGAACUCUAGGGAUUCUCACAAAACCUGAUUUGGUCGACAAGGGAACCGAGAGCAAUGUAGUUGACAUUGUCCGAAAUCUCAGCAUCCCCCUAAGGAAGGGCUACUUGAUUGUUAAAUGUCGUGGGCAGCAAGACAUCCAUGACAACUUGACACUGGCCUCUGCAAUUCAGAAAGAGAGAGAAUUCUUUGAGGAGCAUGAAUAUUUUAGUAUUCUUUUGGAAGAAAGAAAAGCUACUAUCCCACUUUUGGCAGAGAAACUUACGCAGGAACUGAUAGAGCACAUUAAUAAAUCACUACCAACUUUAGAAAAUCAGAUAAAGGACAAACUCCGGGUGGCAAACAACAAGCUACAAAAAUAUGGCAAAGGUGUGCCAGAAUCAGUAGAAGAGCAGAUGCUCUUCCUAGUAGAUAAACUCAAACUCUUUAACCAGGACAUCAUGAAUUCAGUGCAAGGAGAAGAAAUUGUAACUGAUAAAACAAAACAAAGACUAUUCACAAAAGUUCGCAAGUUCUUUAAUGAAUGGGAAUCCCAUAUUAAUAACAGUACACUGAAAGUAAAAGAAAUUAUGAAAGAAGAAGUGUGGGGCUUUGAAAAUCACUAUCGUGGAAGAGAGCUCCCAGGUUUUGUCAAUUACAAGACAUUUGAGGCCAUUGUGAAACAACAAAUUGUGCUGCUGAAAUCACCAGCUAUCAUGAUACUGAAGACAGUGACUGAGCUUGUACGAGAAACUUUUACUGAAAUUGCCAUGCAACACUUUGAGAACUUUUUCUAUCUUUUCAGAGAAGCUAAGACUAGAAUUGAAGACAUAAAACAAAAACAAGAGGAGGAAGCUGAAACUGUAAUUGCCAAUCAGUUCAAAAUGGAACGCAUCGUUUACUGUCAGGACAGUCUUUACCAUGAGGAUUUACAGGAAAUUAGAAAAACUACUGAAGUCCUCCCUCUUGGUGUUGCUGUUACUCGUGUUAAGUCUAUUGCAUCUCAAAAACAGUAUUCCAUUGAUGAAAUGGCUUAUCACUUGAAUGCAUAUUUCAAGGGUGCAGGCAAUCGUCUCUCCACUCAAAUUCCUUUGAUUAUUCAGUCCUACGUCCUCCAGGACUACACUGAAAAGUUACAGAAUGCAAUGUUGCAACUUUUGCAAGAUAAAGAUAAGUUCAGCAUUCUUCUUCUUGAGAAGAAAGAUGCUGCCACUGAAAGGAAAAAUGUGAAAGAAAGAAUUAAACGUCUGACACAAGCUCGACAACGCUUAGCAAAGUUCCCAGGUUAAAGCAGAUGUGCUAAGCAGUAGCACUUUUCCUUAUUUCUCUUAUGUGUGAGUUAGUUAACCGAGACCUAAAUAUUCAGUGGGAAGUGUUGGGUAUUCAGGACUUUUGAAAAUCAGGCCACUUAUUACAUGUCUAAAUAUGGAUUUUGGUGCCUAACUUUAGGCUCCCGUUUUUGAAAAUCCUGUUUUGUGACCCAUUCACCUCUAAUUGGAAAUAGUCUGCAUAGGGUAGAGGGGUACCCUUCAAAUUUCAGUGUAUGGAGUUCCUUGUGGAUUCUCCUGUCUUCAGGGGAGAGUUCCCUUGUAACACUGGCCACCCUGGAUCCCUGAUCCUGGGGCAAGGAAAUAAAGUCUCAAUUUCCUGCCAGAACUCCUCUGUCCGUGCCAGACCCGUAUUACGUUCCCAUCCCACAGUAUCUGAGACACCCAUGCAGAGGCAUCUUCCAGCUGCACUGCUGCCCAGCUCCCAUGAUCCUCUGCUAGCCUCCUCACAUGUCAGCUGCCUCUAGUCUAGAACCCCUCUUCAAAGGGAUUUUUCCAGUAAUGGAGAGGGACAGCAGCCUAAGGCCUGGUCCACACUAACCCCCCACUUCGAACUAAGAUACGCAACUUCAGCUACGUGAAUAACAUAGCUGAAGUUGAAGUACCUUAGUUCGAACUUACCGCGGGUCCACACGCGUCAGGCAGGCUCCCCCGUCGACUCCGCGUACUCCUCUCGCGGAGCAGGAGUACCAGCAUCGACGGCGAGCACUUCCGGGAUCGAUUUAUCGUGUCUAGACAAGACGCGAUAAAUCGAUACCAGAAGAUCGAUUGCUUACCGCCGGACCCGGAGGUAAGUAUAGACCUACCCUAAUUUACUGCAGUAGUUAGUUUUGCUUAGCCCUGUACAUUUCUGAAGGGAGGGAGAGGAUUCAGCAGAGCUGACCUACUCCACUAGCAGCUGUCUCCAAAUACACAGAACUGGGAACACAUGGAACUCCUGUUGUGGGCCUUCAUACAAAACUCUCCCUCAUAAGGAGAAGGGGUUUCCUUAUCAUGCUGGGAGAGAGGUCCUUCUCCCACAUUUCUAUAAGGGAGGGGACUACCAAUAGGGGAGUUUAGGUUUGUGGUUAGUGCUUUUGCCUCCUUGUGAUGCUUCCAGCUAGUGCUUUUGCCAAGGUUUUUAGCAUAUGCUGCUUUAAACUUUGAUAAUCAUGUGGUAUGUUAUUUAAAGCCUAUUCCUAUAUAUUGCAUAGUGUCCUCUGGAAUUUGAGCUGAGUUACAUAUGUGAGUGUAGGUUGGUACUGUGUGUGUGUAUUUUUGCUCUGGGGUCUCAGUGGAGACUUCCGUUUGAUGAAGAAUUAUUCUGAGUUGGUAAAUAAAUAGUUG